GGACGGGCCCAUUUCGGCGCGGUUUUUGGCGGGAACAGCACAAACACGACAACACACCCAAGACAGCAAGCAGCAAGAGAGCAGACACACCAAGCAGUGGCGAGAGUGGAGUUGAUAACUGUAUUGUUUUGAGUGGUGGUGGUGCGCUUGAGCUGCAGCAAGCAAAGCUAAGCCAUCCCUCCUUGACUUCAGUGUUGAUGCCAGCACGCACACACCCUGUCCAACCCACGAACACACGACACACACACGCACAACGAUGCCUGCGGCAACACGCGGGCGCCAGUCAAGGCGACGCACUGGUGCGACUGCCCAUGAUAAUGAUGCCGGUGACAGCAACAGCCACAACAGCAGCAGCAGCAGCGCCGUGUCCACCCCAGUUCCCGCGCCCAGCAGCGGCAGUGGGCGGCCAUCUCGGCGCGCAAAGCGGGCUGCGGCCGAGCGCCUGAGCACCGCAGCCUCGUCAUCGCCUGGCUCAGCCUCCUCCGGCACAGCAACAACGCCAGCCGCAGCCAAGCGCGGCACAAAGGCCGUGCGCGCCUCACCACGCACGCCGCAGUCCACACAGCGCGGCCGUAACAAACCGCGCGCGCGCCAUCAGCGCCGCGCCGUCAGCCGGCGCCACAACUCCGAUGGUGAGGACGACGACGACGACGACGACGACGACGACGUCGAGCAGCUGCACCACGAAGAGGAAGGCGAUCAAGGCGCGGAGGAUGACGCAGCCGCCACAGAGGGGUCAGAGUACGAGCAGAGCGACAACGACGACCAUGGCGAUGAUGAUGAUGAUGAUGACGAUGAUGACGACUUUGAGGAGGGGGGACCAAGUCCAAAGCGCGCCAAAUCAAAGAAGAAAGGCAAACAAGCUCAAAGCAAGAAGCAGCGCGCCUCCAGCAAGCAGAGCAACGCCGCCACCACUUCCUCGAACUAUCUGAUGAAAGGUGUGAAAGGCACAGCCAACACGCUGAAACGGGCACUUGACAAGUGGGUCAACCACUACGACGAAGUCGACCGCGAGCAGGCCAUUUGCCAUCUUCUCACCUGUAUUCUCAACUGCUGCGGCAACCAAGGCGCCAUUGACGAGAACAACUUGAGCGAUCUCAGGGCGGCGUAUGUGGACCUCGUUGCUCAGUUCCCAGAGAACAUGGGCCAGUACCCACUCAAGCAGUCCAGUGGAAAGUUCAAGACGCAGGCUAUUCGAUUCCUGCAGGGCGUGAUUGACCGCGUGCGAAGUGAUAUUCUGUUUGAUGACAACUUCACGGACACGCUCAUCAACUUUUUGACCUUGCUUUCAACCGCGCAAGUGCGCGCGUUCCGCCACACCGCCGUCUUCUUCGGCAUGAAGCUUGGCACGCUGUUGAUUCCCUUGGCCUUGGACUUGGCAAAAGAUGUGGAAGACACACAGGCGACGUUUGACCAGCUGAAGGCAGACUCUGCGACACCAACGAAGAAGAAGGGAAAGAAGGCAGGAAAGCGUACAACGGCUGAGGCAAAGAAGCUGGAAGAGGUGGAGGACGCAAUGUCGCAAGCAUCCAUGCGCAAGGAACGCGUGGAUGAGAUUCUCACCCUCAUCUUUGAAGGCAUUGCCAUCCAUCGCUACAGGGACGUGAGUGCAGACAUUCGUGUCGUCGUGAUGGAAGAAUUGGGGACAUGGGUCACCGAAUACAGCGAGAUGUUUCUUGACGACAAGUACCUCAAGUACUUUGGCUGGGAACUCAACGAUCGCAGUGCGGAUGUGCGCGUCAGCGUUGUUGACACACUCACGCGUCUCUUUGCAAACGAGGAGAUGAACCAGCGCCUCGACCUCUUCUACUCAAAGUUCAAGAAUCGGUUGCUGUUCAUGCUACAAGAUACGAGCGACACGGUGGUUUCGCGCAUCAUCUCGCUGAUGAUGCAGCUCUACUCACGUGGCCGCCUCGCCGAGGAAGAAACAAAGCGGCCCUGGGCCCUCUGCUUUGCUGCUAACCCAGCUGUUGCCAGACAGGCUGGGGCGCACCUUGUGCACACGCUGAUUGCGCAGCUGCAGGAGCUCUGCGCCGAGGAUGAGCACGACGAGGAGCACGAGCUUCGCCUCUUGAUCCAAACGAUCGUUCGCUUUAUUGCGCAGUACGGUGACAACCACGGCUCGGAGCGCUACGGGCUCUUUGUCGAUGCCGUUUGGGACCAUCUCCCCGCCAUUCACUCAUGGUCGACGUACGUUGAUCUGUUGGAGCAGGACAACAACAUUGACAAGGACGAAGACCAGGGCUUCACUGACACGCGCCUUGCAUCUGCGGAAGAAGUCAUCUUGGCCGAGCUUCUUGUUGGCGCCAUCAAGCGCGCAACAGGUGAAGGAAACUUCCGCGACGAGAAAGUGAAGCAGAAGGAAGCCGAUGCUGCGGUGCAAGACGUCACAAAGGCGUUCCUCAAGCCCCUCCCCGGUCUCUUGUCAAAGUUUGCUGCGGAUGCGCCAAAGUCGCGGGCGCUGGUGCAGAUCCCGCAGUACUUUGAGAUGGACAUGUACACACAGCAUCCAGAGGUGCUCACGCGCACCCUUACCAUCCUCCGAGACAUUUGUCUGCUACACACAGACUCAAACCUGUUGCACGAGUGCAUGUCCUCCUUCUACUUCUUCACGUCCUCCGAACUUGCGCUGGCCACGGAAGCGGAAACAUUUGUGGAGCAAAUCACGGAUCAAGUCUGCAAGACGUUGCACACCAUCAUCGAUAUUGAAGUGCCAGAGGACGAUGAUGAAGACGAGACCAAGAGCGAGGAAGGCUACAGGCUCACUGCGUGCAUGGCCCGGCUCCGCGCAUAUGCAGAAUCGUAUGACGUGCAGUCCCUGCGUCUCGCUGCGCCCAUCGCGAAAGUGCUUGAGGCAGCCGCAUCCCAGGCCGUCCUCUCCGAGACGCUCUGCUCCGCGCUGGACUUGUCGCUGUUUGUUCUUGCCUGUGACAUUGAGCACUUGACAGACGAGGACACCCCAGAUGAGGAGCUGCUUGUGGCCCACGUGCGCACGCGCGACCGCCUGGUGAAGGCCGCUUCCACCCUGCUGGGCAUUGGCACGAAGGAUGUCAAGGUUGCCGCUCUGCAGCUCAUCUCGCACGUCGUGUAUCUCUACGCAGCCACACCAAGCGCCCUUGCAGAGGCGACAGCGGCAACAGCGGUGACGUGGUCGUUUGUGCCCAAACCGUCCACGCAAGAGAAGGCGCUCUCCUUUGUCACCGAUGUUCUCCGCGCAGGCGUGCCAACCAUUCCCGAAGAUGCCGACGUUGCCCAGCGCUUCAAGCAGCAAGAUGAGAUUGAGGUUCGCAAGGACAUUUUGACGUGCUUCUGCCGUCUCGUGGCCGUCAAUGCCAUCUCUCCAAGCAACAUGGGCCCCCUUCUCCGCUUCUACCUGGAGGAUGACGUGACGCCGUUGCUCAAGGCGACGCUGGCGUCCAUCCGCACCAACGACAAGCGCGCCUACAGCCAACUUCUCAUCGAGGGCCUCAAGCAGUGGUACCAAGAGGAGCAGGAGGUGACGGAAGACAUGCGAGAAGUUGCCAAGCGGUUGGCAUUGACGUUUGGCAUCGAGCACAAGCGCUAUCGCCAGGAAAUUGUCAACUUGCACACUCGCGGCAUCUCCUUUGCACUUGCGGCUGCAGAUGAGGGAGGUGUGCCUACCAACCUUCCCUUCCUGGAAGUGGUCAAGGAGUUUACCAUGAAGCUUGCUGCUCAGGACAAAACAAAGCUGCGCGAUUACUUGAGCAAUGUUGUAGACAUGCGCCAGUUGCACCCACAGGAGACAGAGGAGUGGGUGCCCUACACGUUGCUGUGCAACACGCUCUCUGGCAAACGCAACAUGCCCAAGACGCCCGGCUCAAACCGGAAGCGGCGCACCCCGACGGCGUCGGCGAAGAAAGGAUCGCGCCGUCGCCGUUCUGGCGGUGCAAAGCGGCGCGCAGCUGACGAGAGCAUUGAGGAUGUGGAGGACUCAAGUCAACUUGCCAACCCAGAGCUCAAGUCAUAUUGGGGCAACUUAAAGCAGACGCAUUUGGAGGGCGCAGAUGGAGAUGACACAGAAGACGACUGGAUUUCUCCUGUCAAGCAAGCCAAGACAACGCGUCGCCGCCCCGUUCUUGAGGAAGACCCCAUUGUCGACGAUGACGAUGGUGAUGCCAUGGAUGAGCAUGAGGAAGACGAGCCACCCACGAAGCUGUCGCGGCACCGUCGUGCCAAGCGGUCGUUGAUGCUGCAGAUGGACUUGACAAGCAGCGGCGACGGCGAUGAAGGGAGUGCAGACCCCAUCGAGGACGACAUGAGCGAUGACGAGUAGCCGACAGCACCAGUGGCGAGCUGGGUGCUGGAUACUUCGUGCUUGUUGCGUUUGGUUGUCAUUUUCAGUGUGUCGUGUGUCAUUUCGUGCUGCUCUGCGCUUGCACCACCACAACCCUAUUUGUUUUUCUUGGAACAUGAUGCCGUUGUUAUGUGUGCCGUUGUGUUUGUAAUUGUUCGUGCGUCAUCGUCGCGUGCUUUACGACUCUUUGUAUCGAAGUGUUGUGAGCCUGUGUCUGGCUGUUGUUGGAAUUCUGCAUGUGCGCUUAAGAGUUUCAUUUCGUUUCUCAGACCAAAUAACAGAGAAGCUUCACGCAAACCUACAUCAGGCGCACCUGUUGUUCAAUAAUAC